CAUGAAAUAUCCGUUUGAAAUGUAACCUGCAUUAAAAAACCAUCAUUAAUUUAUUAUUUAUUUAUUUAUUGAUAUUUAGGACAACAACAGCCGUAAAUAAAAGUUUUACAUGUGAGUGAUUAUAUAACAGAUGGCCGAUGAUCCAUUAAUUACAUUUUACUUAGAAUAACGUAAGUCGUAAGUAAGAAAGUUUAAAAAAGACAGUGUGAUCAUCACAAAAUGCUCAUCAUGAAUUAUGGGUUAACAUUAUUUAUUAUAACAAACAACUUUGUCAGUAGAAAAUGGCGCGAAAUUAAAAUUUUCUAUGGGUGAACAAUUUACCGCGUACAUUUUUAAAUUUGCCGCCUUUUCUACUGACGGAAAUUGUUUGCUAAACUAUAUUUGAUUAAGUAAAAUAUCUGAAUAUUAGCAAUGCAAUUUUCCCAAAGCUUGUCUAACAAUGUCAAAAUUACUGACACGACUCGUCGGCUGGUAACCCCAGUCCGAGUGUCCCGUUUAUUUUCGCAUCACUGAGUUGAUCGCUACCUCUACCUGGGUGGCCGGUGCACUGCUGACUGCACAUCCCUAAUCGAAACUGAUAUUGGGAUCAUGUUCAUCAUUCGGAUAUACUUCAUUCAGUAUUUACGAUAUCAUUAAUUAAAACUACUUAUGUUAAUUGAUGAUCUUUGUACCUUCGAUGACAUAACAAUAAUUUGUUUGAUACCCGUCUAUUCGAAAGCAAUACUAAAAAUCAACACACUCUCCUAGUUACGAAAAUCGUGUAAAAUACAGACUGUUUUAUGGUCUUAUGUUUAAUGCAACUGAAGUCCCUUGUUGGGCGCCAAAAAAUUCCAUGGACAAGGUUCUUUAUUAUUAUUUUAAAUGCCUAUUAUAAAAGCUGAAUGCAGCAGCUACAAGCUCUUAUACAAAAUGUUCUUCUUUUUGUUUUUUUUUAUAUAAAUUAAUAAAUUGACCGUGGGAGUAAGUAAUAAUCAAAGUUCAUACGCACUUAUCAUCAUGUAAAUCAACACCGACGAUUAAGUAGCAAUUAUUCACCAUAUUACUUAUCUAAAUAGUAUCAGAUCGCUAAACGGUCGUCGCCACAAAAACAACGCCCGCCAAGUUAACCCGAUACGCGGUGACAGCUUUCCCGCGCUACAAUAUGUCAUGUUUUUUUUCAGCCGAGGGGUUGGAUACAAACAGCCAAUUACGGCAGGGGCGGGUUGCACUUAGCACACUCGGAUGAUAGCCAUUUAGUCACCAACACUGGCUGUAAGGGUUCGUCCGUCAAAAUGCUAAUUAAAAAAAAAUAUAUAUUUUUAAUCGAACGCCGGUGUUGCCAACGCGCAUGCUUUAACAAAUAUGUUUAAUUUAAUUAGCGCGCUAAGGUGUUUGGUGAUACAGUGAUUUGUGUAGAUAAAAAAUUAUUGAAGUUGUACCUAUUUCCUGGAGUUUGUGAUUGGAUUUUCUUGUUUAAAAGGCAUGCCCAAGUAACGCCCCUGCGCGGCGCGAUGUGCGCGCGGCAUGGAGUACGUCCCCAACAACCCCCAGUUCGGGCUCGAGCUGUGCUGCGACCCGCUGCAGUGCCGCUGUCUAGAGCCGCCUUUAAGAGAGUUGGACGACUGUUGCCAGGAAAACGACAACUGCUGCACAGAAAAUGGCGAGGAUCUAAACGGUUUAGGAGACAUCGCGCCGGCCAUCGCGGACGAUGUGAACGGCGACCCGGCCUGGGGCGAAGAUAUGGGAUCCUUCUCACUACCGCCGCUGGAAUUGGACCCACUGCCUUCCUUGUUCCCGUUUUCGCCUUGCUCAGGAUACAACAGGAACAACGGGAGCGAAUGCCGCGAAAGGGGAGGCGGCGAUGCAGCAGACGUCCUGCUCUCUCUCAAGCAUGCCGUCGUUCACGGGGACUGUGCCGCCGAAACUGUACACCCACAGAUGAUGGUGAACGGCGGCAGCGGUUACCCGUAUUACGAGCACUACGGCGGAGCGCCCCUCUUCCCGACCAUGUCCGUCAACGUGUCCAUGAACAUGACCAUGCACGGCUGCCCGCCCGACCAACUCUGCUCCCAGGUACUACAGGAUCCACAGGUCCAAUGGAACCAAAACACCUCAGCGCCCUCAGUGAACGUGGUCUACCCGCAAACUCAGAACAUGAUAAGCCCAAACUCCUACCCAGCAGCCACUUACUCCUUCACCGCUGACUUCAGAACCCCCAACCAAUCAGACCCUCUCAUCACAGCCACGUCUUCGUUCAAACCUCUACAACUGCAAAAUGCACAGAAGCAAAACAACUAUCUGUUUCAACAGAAGAACUUUGCUGGGCAAAAGAUGCAGUCGCUAAAAAGGUCGCCAUCUAGGUUAUUUGUUCAGGAGAGUCAGAAGGAACAGAUCGGGAAUGGGUAUAUAUUGAAUCAUCAGGGACAGAUGCAUUCGCAGGAGUACGCGUAUUCUGCGUGUGUUAAUGCUAGUGGGAAAGUUCAGGUAGGCGCACUCAGCGGCUGUUCAGAAGACGACGAGCAGAAGCCCAACCUCUGCCGCAUAUGCGGGAAGACCUACGCCCGGCCUAGCACGCUGAAGACGCACCUGCGAACGCAUUCCGGGGAGCGCCCUUACCGGUGCGGGGAUUGCAACAAGAGCUUCUCUCAAGCUGCGAACUUGACCGCUCAUGUUAGGACUCAUACAGGACAGAAGCCUUUCAGGUGCCCUAUUUGCGAUCGUCGGUUCAGCCAAAGCUCAAGUGUAACUACGCAUAUGAGGACACAUUCCGGUGAAAGGCCAUAUCAAUGUCGGUCCUGCAAAAAAGCAUUCUCUGACAGCUCAACCCUUACGAAGCACCUUCGGAUACAUUCUGGAGAGAAGCCAUACCAAUGCAAACUGUGCUUACUUAGAUUCUCGCAGUCCGGUAACCUGAACCGACACAUGCGCGUCCACGGGAACAUGUCGGGCGGGAUCCUCGGCUGACACUUGCCAACUCGCGGCGUCUCCGCCGUGUAUUUCUAACCUUAACUAAUAAAGAGGGUCUUUGUAGUGGAUCCCGGGCUCCGAAGGAGUAGCCGAGUUUACAACCGGGAUAAAAGGGAUAUCUAUAGAGACUGCAGUCUUCUCUGCUAUCGUGCGAGUGUGCCACAUGCUGUGGCAUCCGCGAGGACACUAGCAAGAGGAUAUCUCGGUAUUACCUAAAAGUCUCUUUACACGCCUUUUGGGUCAGGUGGAGGAGAGAGAUACCCAGACAGAAAACAGAUUCCUUUGACCAGAUCAUGAAAUUUUGAUAUCAUCUGUUGCCGUUCCGUGGGUGGAUUGAGGAACGAUGGCUAUCCAAACGUUUUAUGUGGCGAAAUUUUUUGGCAAUUAUAUCAGACUGAGUGAUAUGAUGCUAUUUCUGUAUAUUUCGGUAAAAAGGUCAUUCUCUGAUGUAAGUAAUUGACUUUUCCAUACCUUCAUAUAUGAAUCGUUCGUGUCAUCCACGAUGAUGCGCAUAGUUGUCAAAUCUAACCCUUAAUAACAUGGUAAUACGAGUCAAGGCAGCGUCUUCGUGAAUGACAUGACCAUAUAACCAGGACUAAACAUGUUUUCUGAAAAUGGCUGAUAAAAAGGACACAUGAUUGGACAUUGUUAUACCUAUAGUUACAUCCUAACAAAAUCAAACGUUAAAAUGGAUGAAAAUCACCGUUUGUUGAACCCUAAUUUUUAAGACAUUGGGUUGUCGUUAAUGUUUUUGAUUGCCUGUCCAAUAUUUGGCAUAAUAUAUGUUAAAUAAAAAUUUAAAUACUCAAUGUAGGAUAGGCGAUUUUUGCUGUAUAUAUAUUUUAAUAAAUCAAUGUAAAUAACAAGCGUUAAAUAGGUCAUUAAAAUGGCCUGUAUUAUGUCUAGUCAUUAAAAUAAAAAGGACAAACAUUUGUACCUAAUCUUAAUUAAAUUUAGACUUAUAAGAUAAGAAGAUCUCUAAACACCACAAUUUGACCACUAAUGUAUAGUCUAGCGACCGACCAAUAAAAAUAGUACAGUAAACCUACAGAUUGUUCAUAAGGUUGUCAAGGUCUGUAUAAACGUUAUAUAUAGUAAGCUGUGUACCAAUGGAAUUAAAAAGCUAUGGCGGAAGUUUAGAUUUGAUGAAUAAUGCAUUGCACCCGUCGCAAAGGAUCGUAUACUGCGACCGUAAGUUAGUAUAUACUUUAAGGGAUCGUUUAAAGCUUAUAUACAGGGCCCAUACUUUUCAUGC